GAUUGUCCGUCAUGCUUCUUGGCGGGUUAGAACGAACUGGAACAUCAAAGAAGUAAAAAAAGAAAAAAAAAAAGUAACAUGAAAAUAACUUUUGAAUAAGCUUGUGUGUGUUUUACAAUAUUUAUAAUAAAUGUUGUACUGUAAUACGUAUAGUGUAAAUAAAAUUUGAGUUUAAAACAAAUUGAGAUAGAAAAAUUAAAACUUUAAUGAGAAUGGCAGGUAGUAGCGAACUUUGGAUACAAUGUUUUACAUGUUGUUUGCAUCAGCAAGAACCUCGUUCACGAAAUGGAAAACACAAGACCCAUCACAGACUCAGGAUAGAUCGAAGCAUGAUAGGAGAACCUACAAAUUUUCGGCAUACAGGGCAUAUAAGUAGCGAUGAUUUCAAUAUGACUGGAGAUUGCUUAUCUACUAUUCAAGAAAGAAUGCAACAUAAAGGAGGUUAUGAUACAUCCAUUAGUGUUAAGGCAUAUUGAUAUAUAUUACAAAGUAUUUGAACAAACUGCCAGAGUAUUAAUGGAAGGAAUGCAUCGACUGACUUUUUAUCAUUGAUGUAUUUACUUCCGGACUUCACAAGCCCGUAGCACAAUGCACUAUGCACAGUGAUGCAUUUUUUUAAAUGUUUUUAUAAAAUAAUAUCUUAAUAAAAAGGGUACUUUUCUUAGCGUCAUUUAUUACAGACGAGA